AUGGCUGACCAAGGAUUGGAAGGGAGCCAACCGGUGGAUCUACAGAAGCACCCUUCUGGGAUCGUGCCUACCCUUCAAAAUAUUGUGUCCACAGUAAAUUUGGACUGUAAGUUGGACCUCAAAACAAUUGCACUACAAGCUCGUAAUGCAGAGUACAAUCCCAAGCGUUUUGCUGCUGUUAUUAUGAGGAUAAGAGAUCCCAAAACAACUGCACUUAUUUUUGCUUCGGGCAAGAUGGUUUGUACUGGAGCGAAGAGUGAACAACAGUCUAAAUUGGCAGCCAGGAAGUAUGCUCGGAUUAUCCAAAAGCUUGGUUUCCCAGCCAAAUUUAAGGAUUUCAAAAUUCAGAACAUUGUUGGCUCGUGUGAUGUUAAGUUCCCCAUACGGCUUGAGGGUCUUGCAUACUCUCAUGGUGCUUUCUCAAGUUAUGAACCAGAGCUCUUUCCAGGUCUAAUCUACCGUAUGAAGCAACCUAAAAUAGUCUUGCUUAUAUUUGUCUCCGGAAAAAUUGUUCUAACAGGAGCGAAGGUGAGAGAUGAGACAUACACUGCCUUCGAGAACAUAUAUCCUGUGCUUACUGAAUUCAGGAAAAAUCAACAAUGCCAUUAG